UCUUUUUAAGGCUGCUGCUCAGUUCCUUCUUUUUGGGUGCACAUGGAUAUUCGGCAUCUUGCACUUUCAGAGGGAAACCCUCGUGAUGUCAUAUGUUUUCACAAUACUGAACAGCUUUCAUGGAGUCUUUAUAUUUCUUCUUUACUGUGUUGCUAAUAAACUGGUCAUGGAUGAAUACAAGAUCUGGAUCCAAAGAUUCUUCAGAAUUAAAAAGAAAGAAAAGGCAUUAGAUACAACCACAACCACCACCACUGGCAUUUCAGCAACUCUAGCAUUGUCCUCACCAUCUACAACUGAAAACAUUUACAAUGUGAAAUGGGCAAAGGAAAAACCAGGAACCGAAAGCGAAAAUGAUGAAUAUGAAAACAGAAAACUGGUCAAUAACUGUAUAUAUGAAAGUAUCUGA